GUGAUAAAAACGCAACUUAGAUAAAACUAAACAACAAUAGUCGAGAGCCAACGCAACGAACACUUGAUGGUUUGCAAAAGUGUUGAUAUAGUCGACAUCAAGAUGCAGCUGAAGAUGGAAGCGCAGACGACGCCGCAGCAACAGCAACAGCAGCAACAGCAACAGCAACAGCAGCAACAACAGCAACAACUGCAGCAACAGCAACAGGUGCUUAGCAAACAGCAGCUGCAAUUGCUGGACAAAAUCAAAAUUGAGACAAGCAACGGCAACGAUCCACAGGCCAACAGCGUGCUGGAGGAGCAGCAGGAUCAACAGCAGCCGCCCCCAACAGUUGGCGUUUUGGUGCAGACGAACAGCCAGCCAAGCGAUUCCGAAGAACAGCAGCAGCAGCAACAGCAGCAGACACAGUAUGUCGUAGUGCCACGCACCCAACAGCGACGCAUUCUCACCACAGCGGGCACACUCGAGACACGGGACGGGGAACACAGCACCAACAACAGCAGCGCCAGCUCUAAUUCAGCGCCAGAGACCCACAUUGAGUAUCAGCGCAGCUCACAUCACUCACCCCACUACAUUCAAAUGGCGCCGCGGACUGCAGUCGAGGUGGCCGAACAGGUGGCCAAUGCGCCACCCGGCACGCUUUAUGCCUACCCCUCGGGCCAACUUAUUUGCAGCAGUGAUGAUGGCACGCCCAUUAAAAUAGAGAACAUCGACAAGAGCGAUGUUCCAGGCGAUGCGCAAGCUCAGCACCUGCAACAGCAGCAGCAACAGCAGCACGCACACCAACAGCAGCAGCAGCAACAACAACAGCAAUGCCCCACCCCCAAUGGCGGACCUUAUGGUGAUGCCAUUGUGGUCAGCAGCGAGGCUGCACUGCAGCAUCAUCACCAGCAGCAGCAGCAGCAACAACAUCAACAUCAGCAGCACCAGCAGCAACAACAGCAACAACAUCAGCAAGCAGCAGUUGCUGCCGCAGCAGCAGCAGCAGCCGCCGCUGCUCACACCCAUGUGCGCUAUGUGACAGAGGAUGGACGCUUUACCACCACCAGCGGGGAUGCAGAGGCGCCUGGCGGCAAUCUGUACUAUGAUGCAUCCGUUGUGGAUGCCAGCGUGCAUCCCAACGAGUCCAAGACAUAUGCGGAUCUGGGAAAUGCGUAUGCCUUUCCGCCCAACUCGACGUUCAGCAGCAACAGCUAUGCGGCAGCCACGCUGCAGCAAGGCAACACCAUUUAUAGUGUGCCAGGAACGGCGCAGUUUAUAACCAAAUCCGAUCCAAACUUGAAUCCAUUGAGGCAAACGGCGGGACCAUAUCAAACGAUAUCCUUCUUGGACGGCACCAAUGCCACUGAUGCGGGCUUGUGGACCACGGCCGGCGGCGAAUAUCAGAAUGUGUCCUUUUCGAACUAUCCUACGCAGGUAAUUGAUGACUAUUCCACCGGCAACAUGCCCGCCGCUCACUGGCCGCCAGCAGGCAGCAUAAGCAGCUAUGAUCCCAGCCUGACAGCGUCCAAUGCCACGUCGCCCUCCACACACGGACUGCAGGAGCUUAAGUGCGAGACCUGCCAGACACCGUUUGUGCGCAAAGGCACGGACUGGCCCAACUGUCCAAACUGCACCAGCUAUGUACGCGGCCAGGCCGGUCGGCAUGUUCCACAGCGCCAAAAGCCGAAGGCAGCCGCUGCGCCCAACAAUCGCCGCAGUGGGGUCAUCUGCGCCAACUGCCACACCAACUCCACGACGCUCUGGCGGCGGAACAACGAGGGCAAUCCCGUCUGUAAUGCUUGCGGUCUGUACUUCAAACUGCACAACAUGAACCGCCCGCUCUCCAUGAAGAAGGACGGCAUACAGAAGCGCAAGCGCAAGCCAAAGAACAAUGGAGGACCUCUACCCCAUCGAGCACUUCCAAGCAUGUCACAGGGUGUUAAUUUGAUGGUAAACAGUAGCCAGCUGUAUCCGUCACAGGUUACAGUGGGAUUGCUGAACAGCCAACAAAAUACAAGUCCCGAGCUGCACGAUAUGUCCACAACAGGCCCCGCCGCCGGAUCACGUGUGGUGGCCAUUGCGUUAAAUCCCACAGCGCCAACUUCCGAUGGCACGUUGAACAUGUCCCGUCACCAUGUGACUAGCGAGAGCCACUCGGCCUACAGCCAGCAGCAACAACAACAGCAACAGCAGCAGCAGCAGCAACCUCCGGACCAGAGUCAAUCGCCUCAUCUGCCAAAUUCGACCACGUUGAAUCGCCAGAUUGCGCAGUCUGUGCCGCCAAUCGAAAGUGGGCGCAGUUCUAAUAGCGAGCUGACUCCAAGCGUCAUAACACGCACAGGUCUGCCUGAACGAUCUUCGAAUAACUAAACUACAUACUAUUUAACUUCACCAAAAUGUUACGAUUGAUAAAUUAUUUGUAUAAGCGUAGAUAGGUCGAAAAUAUCCCAGUUAGAAAAUAUUCGAAAAUAGAACAAGCUCUGCUUCUGUUUGAGGCCAAUUUGGAACUAGCUACGGUACCUAAUGUGAAAAGAAUUUGUUAAAAUUCUGUUGUAGCACAUUUAUUGAAUGUUAAAAGAAUUAGUUCCAGUUCGUUGCUUUAAGUUUUUAAUGUGUUGCUUAACUCAUCUAUGUCCUAUGUUCUAUGGAAAUAUUUUAUGUAUUACUGAAUGAAUGAAACUUCUGAUUGCAGCGAGUCAGUAAAUUUUAACAGGAGAUUUUUGUUUCCUUUCAAAAAUUUUUAUAUUAAAUUGUAAGAAAACGGAAAGUUUUAAAAUCCUAAAGCAAAAUAUAUAUAUUAAAUUAAAUGGAGAUUUGUUUUUCCCUUAAAAGUUCUAUAAUUGACUUCGCAAAAUGGAACUUGUAAAUUUAAAUAUUUCUGAGCCAAAUUAUUUUUUCAUCUAUAAGGCAGGUAGUUAUUUGUCUUCCUCUUCCCCUUAGUCAACUACAUGCUACAAAUUAUUCCAAAUGAUUUGAGAGCCAUGCAUAAGGUCUAUCAUAUACCAACUAUGAGUAUACUAUAUAUUUCUUAUAAAUAGAUGUGUGUGUGUAUCUAUUAGAGUUAAUUUAGCAAAAAUCAUAAGACCGUCAAAUGCCUACGAU